GAGUCCAAGCGACAUCUGAGUUCUCUGAACCAGCUGGGUAUUGGUUCUCUCGUGCGGGAAAUUGCUGAAGGCGUUGAUGUCAGCUCUGCUCCUGGGGACACUUUUGAAGACUGUAAUGUCAAGUCACCAACUGCUGUGGAUUUCUCUGACAUAGUGGAGACAGCGGAGGAGGAGGAGAGCUCAGAGGAUAAAAAAGACGGAGAUUCGGCAGACAGCGAUGACAACCAGGAAGAGGACGACAGGAAACUGAUGCCUCCCCCGUCCUGGCUUCCCAGCAGCUCCAUCAGUGUCCUCACCUCAGAAGGCGGCUCAGGCCCAGCAGGUGGCUCUAUUGUUUCCGUCGCGAAAAUGUCUCAGGAUGAACAGAUAUCCCCAUCAUCCCUGAGCCCGGGCAGAAAGCUGAACACCCCUCUGGCAGACAUGAUGCCCCCGGAGCUGGCUAACGUAGAUGUGACCUCCAUCUUCCCCGAAUUCCGACAUGGGCAGGUGUUGAGAUUUUCCCGACUGUUCAAGCCAGCUCACGUGCCGCAUAUCUGGAGAAAGAAACGGAAAAAGAAAGAGGAAGACGAAGAGAAGAAGUCAAAAGAAGGGGAUAAGCAAGGUGAAGGAAAAAAGAAGGAAGAGCCAGAGAAGAAAGAUGGCAAGUUGAAGGAGGAAUCUGAGGGAGGCGAGGAGGAUGGAAAGAAGGCUGCAGGGGAGGAGGCAGAUGUGGAGGAGGAAGAGGAAGACGAGGAAGUGAAGCUGGUGUUGAACCUGGGAAGAGGGCCCAAGCCUGAGGAGUUGGCCGACGAUGAUGAGGAUUUGCUGAAGCGACCCAUGGACUACUCCUCGUCCCGCGGGAAUCAGUCCAACACGGCAGAGGCGGAGUCAGAGACAGACGUGGCCCCGUGGCGCUACGGCCCCGCCCAGUACUGGUACGACCAUUUGGGCGUGGAUGAGACGGGGCAGGGGUUCCAGUACGACUUCAAGCUCAAACCUGAUGAGGUCAAGGAACGAGAGGCGGAGGAGUCUGCCAGGCUGGACAAAGACCUGGACUACGACCGCUACCUGAUGGUCACUCAGCAGCGCUGGGAGGACAAGAUCAUCUGGGAUGGGGAGGAGGCCAAACACAAAGUCCUCACCGAGCACAAGAAGAACGCAGAGUUUGCUGGAUGGGUGCCCAGCACCAACAACAGAACCUUUGCUCAGUCACGGUCCCAGUCUGGGCUUCUACAGCGGUCUAAGUCGAUGCUGUCCAAACCAGGACUGGACAGUGAUCCGAGCAGGGACGGGGAGUGGCACUCCAUCUUCCCCAUUGAAAAUGAGGCCUUGGUCUACAAGAACUGGGAGGACGACAUCAUUUGGGAUGCCGAGAACAUGGACAGCAUACCGAGCCCCAAGGUCAUGACCUUGGACCCCAACGACGAGAACAUGAUCCUGGAGAUCCCAGACGACAUUGACCCCCACCAGCAGACGGAGCAGGAGACAGGCACCAAGAAAGAAAAAGUUCCCAACGCGGUCAACGCCAAAGACGUGUUCAACCUGUCGAACGACGAGUACUACAGCCCCAAACAGAUGGACAACGCGCUCAGGCCCAACAUCGGCAGCUCCGUCAUACAGCACUCGACCCCAGCGGCCGAGCUGAGACAACCGUUCUUCCCGACCUACAUGGGCACCAACAAGCUGAGGACCUUCCACCGACCCCCGCUCAAGAAAUAUUCCCACGGCCCACUCUCCACCUUUGGCCCACACCCCGUCCAGAGUCUCAACAAAGUGAUCAAACGGAAGGCCAAGGUGAGGGAGCAGGAGAGGCAGGCGUUCGGAGGAGGGGAGAUAUUCUUCAUGAGGACGCCCCAGGAUCUGACGGGGAUGGACGGGGAGAUAAUUCUGGCCGAGUACUCGGAGGAGUUCCCUCCCCUCAUGAUGCAGGUCGGGAUGGCCUCCAAGAUAAAGAACUACUACAAGAGGCCACACCUCGCCGUUCAUCGGGGCGCUGAAACCUGGCAACUGCCAGCAGGCGCUGGAGAACAACAUGUUCCGAUCCCCGAUCUACGAACACAAGGUGGCGCCCACCGACUUCCUGGUCAUCCGCACUCGACACGGGUAUUUUGUGCGGGAAGUGGAGACAAUCUACGCUGUGGGGCAGGAGGGUCCGCUCAUGGAAGUCCCCGGGCCCAACUCAAAGAGGGCCAACAACUUUGUCCGGGACUUCUUACAGGUGUUCAUCUACAGGCUGUUCUGGAAGAGCAAGGACGAGCCGCGCAGAAUCAAGAUGGAGGACAUCAAGAAAGCGUUUUUGGCGCACUCGGAGAGCAGCAUCAGGAAAAGGCUGAAACUGUGCGCUGACUUCAAGAGAACAGGCAUGGACUCGAACUGGUGGGUGCUGAAGCCGGACUUCCGUCUGCCGACGGAGGAGGAGAUCCGGGCCAUGGUGUCUCCUGAACAGUGCUGUGGCUGGUACAGCUUGAUCACAGCCGAGCAGAGGCUGAAGGAUGCUGGAUAUGGAGAGAAGUCGUUGUUUUCUCCGGAGGAGGAAAAUGAAGAGGACACACAGACCAAGAUUGAUGAUGAGAUCCGGGUGGCCCCGUGGAACACGACACGGGCGUACAUCUCGGCCAUGAAGGGCAAGUGUCUGCUACAGCUGACCGGUCUGGCCGACCCCACAGGCUGUGGCGAGGGAUUCUCCUACAUCAAGGUGCCCAACAAGCCAACCACCAAGGAAGAGGCCAAAGAAACGCCCGUGAAAAAGACGGUGACGGGGACAGACGCUGACUUGAGAAAGCUGAACUUACAAGACGCUAAGCAGCUCCUUCGCAAGUUUGGAGUUCCUGAACCCGAGAUCAAGAAGCUGUCUAGAUGGGAGGUAAUUGACGUGGUGAGGACCAUGUCGACAGAGCAGGCCAAGCAAGGACAAGACACUACUGGUUGGGUAAAGUUUGCUCGUGGAAACCGCUACUCUGCUGCCGAGCACAUGGAGCGCUACAAAGAGGAAUGCCAGCGAAUCUUUGACUUGCAGAAUAGGGUUCUGGCUUCCACGGAGACGUUAUCCACAGACGAGGAAUCCACGUCGGGCGAGGACUCGGACUUUGAGGAGAUGGGCAAGAACAUCGAGAGCAUGUUGUCCAACAAGAAGACUAGCACUCAGUUGUCCCGUGAGAAGGAGGAGGCGGAGCGGCGAGAGUUGCAGCGCAUGCUCAAAGGAGAGAUCGCAGACAAGGACAAGAAGAGCAAGACGAGCAACUCCAAGGAGGACGACAUGAUGCAACACCGCGGGCGGAAGUUGAAGAUUGUGCGCACGUUUCACGACGACACGGGCCGCCAGUACCAGAGGUCGGAGAUGGUCAGUAACCCCGUGGUCAUCGACGCUUACCUCAGGAUACGACAGACCAGGGAUCCAAACUUCAUCAAACAGUUUGCGGCGAUGGACGACCAGCAGAAGGAGGAGAUGAGGAAGGAGAGAAGGAGAAUCCAGGAGCAGCUGAGGAGAAUCAAGCGGAACCAGGAGAAACCCUCCACCACCCCGCCACCCAAGAAAAAGCCAAAGAAGGAGAAGGAGCAGCUUCUCAAGGCCUCCAAGAUGAAGUGCGGGGCCUGCGGCCAGAUCGGGCACAUGCGCACCAACAAGGAGUGCCCGAUGUACAACAAGGGCGGGGCGGGGCCGGGGGCCAUGCAGGUGGCCAUGACGGAGGAGCAGGAGGAGGAGGAGGAGAAGAACAUGCCGGUGGACCAGGACCUCAUCAACGUGGAGGGCACCAAGAUCACCAUGUCCAAGACUUUGCUGGAACAUGCUGAAAGUAUCCGGAGAAAGUCCCUGGUUCUCAAGGUUCCCAAACAGGCCGUGGAGACCAAGAAGAAGCGCCGCGUCAGCAACAUUGUGCACUGCGACUACCUCAAGAAACCCAAGCAGUCGUCGAACCGACGGAGGACUGACCCCUUGGUUACGCUGUCUUCGAUAUUUGAGUCGAUAUUGAAUGAGCUGAGAGCCUUGCCAGAUAUCCAGCUGUUCCUAUUCCCGGUGAACCCCAAAGACGUCCCCGACUACUACAAGAUCAUCAAACGUCCCAUGGACAUGCAAACCAUGAGAGAGAGCCUGCGACAGAAAAAGUACCGGUCGCGGGAAGAUUUCCUCACCGACCUGCACCAGAUUGUGGAGAACAGCAAGCUGUACAAUGGCCCCCAACAUUUGUUGUCCAAGAACGCCCAGGGCAUGUUGGAUCUUUGCUUCAAAAGAUUUGCUGAGAAAGAACAGAAGCUGAUGCGACUAGAGAAAGCCAUCAACCCUCUGCUUGACGACAACGACCAAGUGGCUCUGUCCUACAUCUUUGAGAAGAUUGCUCAGAACAUGAAAGCCCUCGAGAAUUCGUGGCCGUUCCAUGCGCCGGUGAGCAAGAAGACGGUCAAGGACUACUACAGUGUGAUCAAGAAGCCCAUGGAUCUGUCCACGCUGCUCAAGAUCCGCCUGGUGCAGGAAGCGGCUCUCGACGCGGCAGACACGGACAGCAUGACGGGAACCUCGCUGAACCGCGACGACGGGAGCAUUCUCGACACAGAGAGCCUGGACGGCUACAGCACCAAGGACAACCCCGCUCUCAUGGAGGACGACACAAAUCCGACCAUGGCUCCUUUUGGAGACGCCGCCGACUUCUCCAAGAGCGGCCCGCUGGCAUCAGACACAGAGUUUGUGGACAUUGAGGGGGACGAGGAAUCCAUGCAGCUGGCACAGCUCCAGGACGAAAGCUACACGGAGGGAGAGGGAGAGGAAGACGCGCUGGCUAAGGAUCUACAGCUGUCGGAUAACGAGGAUGAGGAGGAGGAGGAGGACGAGGACGAGGACGCAGGGAUGGAUAGUACUGGCACCCUGAACGAGUCGAGCGAGCUGUUACAAGACGGGCAACCCAUGGAGGUGGGGGAGGUGGGAGGCUUUGACGAGAACGCGCGGUCCUACUUCGACAAUGCUGCGGGGGAGUCAGGGGACCAGUUUGGCGGAGAGGAAGGGGAGGGGUUUGAGGAGGAGGGGGAGGAGGGCGACAGCUUUGACCCGAGCGAGUUCUUCAAGAACAGCGCCCUAGCCACGGCCCAGGCAGAGGCGGAGGGUCGCGGAGACAUCAACAGCGACCUUCAGAUCUCGGACGACAGCGAAGACGAGCCGGGAGGGGAUGCGGAGGAGGAACCUUAUCCUGUCAUACCCACAGAGAAUCAGGCGUCGGAGGGGUUCGACAUCGACGAGUAUUUGUGACGAGGGUUUAUUCGACAUUGGCAAGGAAAAGAGGAGUUUUGUUUAGUAUUACAGGGGAAAGUGGAGGUUUAUUCGACAUUGAUAGGGGAAAGUGGAGAUUUAUUUGACAUUGACGGUUGAAAGUGGAAGUUUAUUCAACAUCGGCGAGUAUUUGUGACUGGGUUUAUUCGACAUUGGCAGGGGGAAGUGGAGAUUUAUUUAACAUUGACGGGGGAAAAUGGAGGUUUAUUCGACAUUGACGGGGGAAAGUGGAGGUUUAUUUGACAUUGAUGGGAAAAUGGAGGUUUAUUUGACAUUGACGGGGGAAAAUGGAGGUUUAUUCGACAUUGACUGGGGAAAGUGGAGGUUUAUUCGACAUUGAUGGGGAAAAUGGAGGUUUAUUCGACAUUGACAGGGGAAAGUGGAGGUUUAUUUGAUAGUGACAGUUGAAAGUGGAGGUUUAUUCGACGUUGGCGAGUAUUUGUAAUGCGGGAAAGUGGAGAUUUAUUCAACAUCAUUGAGUUUUUGAACCGUGAAAAUCAAAUUGUCUCAAGUCUUGAGUGCCAUUUCCAUUGUUACGAGAAAACCGCAGGUGAAAAUUUUGUUCUUAUUUUAGAAAGUGUUGGAUUACAAUCUUUUUUAUUUUUCUACCUGAUUUUUUAUAUGAUAGAUGUAUCUGAGAAAAUUUGGAAGUUGAGUUUAGUACCAGUACGGUAUUUAAUCUGAAUGUUGUUUUUUUCCCCAGAUUUUGUCUGUUUAGGCUUAGUGGUGGGGACUAUUUUCCACUCAAAGGCUGGGUGUGGGAGGUUAAGGUCAAAGGUUAGAUGUGUGAUGUCAAAGGUCAGAUGUGUACGGUCAAAGGCUAGAUGUGUGAGGUUAAAGGUCAACGGUUAGAUGUAUAGGGUCCAAGGUCAAAGGCUGGGUGUAUAAGGUCCAAGGUCAAAGGCUGUAUGUGUGAGGUGAAAGGUUAGAUGUGUUGGGUCAAAGGCUGGAUGUGUGAGGUGAAAGGCUAGAUGUGUUGGGUCAAAGGCUGGAUGUGUGAGGUGAAAGGCUAGAUGUGUUGGGUCAAAGGCUGAAUGUGUGAGGUGAAAGGUUAGAUGUGUUGGGUCAAAGGCUGAAUGUGUGAGGUGAAAGGUUAGAUGUGUUGGGUCAAAGGCUGUAUGUGUGAAGUGAAAAUCCUGUGCCUGUGUGUGUGUGUAUGUGUCUGUGCGUAAGUGUGUGUGUGUGUGUGUGU